AUGGAGCAUGGGGAGGGUGACUCGCCGCCUGCGGCCGAGAAGAAAGGGGCGGUGGAGGAGGAUGAUUUCGGCUAUCGGCUCUUCCCAGAUCGGAACAAGAAGCCGCAGAGCUUCCUGGUCCGCAGCCUUUUCACCUUCCACAACAAGUGUCAGUUGAUGCUGAGGAUGACCCUGGAAACGAAUCCAUAUGCUCAACUGCUCCUUGAGGCUAUGAAGCAAUCUGGUUGCACUGUCUUCAAUGACCGGCACUUUUCUUGUGAAAACUGCGAUGGCUGUGUCAGUGGAGGUUUUGAUGCUGCCACAUCUCAGAUUGUUCUGUGUCAGAACAACAUUCGCCAACAAUCCCAUAUGAACCGGGUGGUCACACAUGAAUUGAUUCAUGCAUUUGAUCACUGUCGUGCACACGUAGAUUGGUUUAAAAACGUCAAGCACUUGGCAUGUUCAGAGAUUCGAGCUGCUAAUCUCAGUGGAGACUGUACAUUGAUGAAUGAAAUAGCCAGGUUUAAAUUUGGAUUGAAAGGGCAUCAUCAGACUUGUGUACGAGACAGAGCAAUUCGUUCCAUUCUGGCUGUUAGAAAAGUUAGCAAAGAAACAGCUGAAAAAGCUGUGGAUGAAGUUUUUGAUGCCUGCUUCAAUGAUCUAGAACCUUUUGGAAGAAUCCCACACAGCAAAGCAGAUGCAAGGCGUGCUUAUAGAGACUUUCAGAACAGAGAUCGCUAUAAUGCUAAUUUGUAAGGGGGGAGAGGAAAACACGUGAGAAAUUGUUAAUUCUCUGUUCUGUAACAUCUGGAGUUACAGUCUGUGCACACAGUGCUGGUGGAAAGGGCAAUUCUAUCAAAUAUAUCAAUUAAUUUUGUAAACUUUUUUCAGGAGCCAGCUUCCGUGGAAGUAAACAGGGUAAAUGAACAAGACUAAAAAUCGUGUUUCCUCACCUGUUAUUCCAGGAAGAUAAUUUAGUAUAUGCCAAAUGACUUGUCAGAAAUAAUGAUCUGCGCAUUUCAAUGCACAUUUAAUUCUUUUCAAUCUGACUGACUAGGAGUUGGUUUCUAAAAGUUUUGUUGUUACUAAAUAAAUCUUUUCAUUUCCACCAUCUUUGAUACACAGUCAUGAAGUCAGUGAUCUUAAUCACUCUAUUUUAAAAGAUGAGCACCCGAACUACAGCUUGAGGGUCUAGAUUUAAUAACUGUGGCUAAACCUAAAAAUAAUAAACUGCUGCGUUUGUUUUUGA